CAAGACGCUCAGGUGAGCCUCUUGUCUGUCGUGUUGUUGUUGUUGUCGUUAUAAAAAAAUAAAAACAAGUGCAAUGAGUGUUUCUGAUAGUAAAAAUUUGUUAAAACAAGAAGAUCGUAAAAUGACAAAAGAAAAUGAAGAUGACUGGUGGGAAAGUGAUGAUGAAUCUAGUUGUGAAUCAUAUUAUUCAGACUCUGGAAGUUCAAUUGCUGAAUGGGAAACUGAAAUUGGUGCACAUGGUGAAGUUUUUUAUAUUGAAUCAUAUCCAGAUGAUAAUAAAAAACAACAACAACAACAAAUUGAACCUGUUGAAUCACCAGUACAAGAAUUAAAUAGACGUCGUAGUACAAGAGCCGGUAAAUUAAUGAGAUUAAUUAGAAGAAGAGAAAGUAAACGUUACAGUACAAGAAUUAAAAAAACAAAUAAAAAUAUUGAUAAUACAACAAAUAAUAUAACAAAUAAAGAAGUAAAAUUUCAUGAUUAUCAAGCUGGUGAAAUAAGACAUGUAUUACUAUCAAUUGAUCCAGAUAAAUGUAAAAAAUUAGGACGUCGUGCAACACUAUGUGAAGCUUAUCUUGGUAUAAUACCUGGUACAUUUUCUGAUAAAAUUCGUGUUAUGGUUUCUGGUUUUAUUCCAAAUAAUGAUAUUAUUAAAAAUAAAAAUAUUAAAAUUGGUGAUUGGUUAAAAAGUAUUGAUGAACAUGAAAUAACAACUGAUAAUUUAGAAUUACUAUUAUCAAAUAUAAUAAAACCAUGUUGUGUUAAAUUAGAAUUACAAAGAGUUGCUGGUGUUGAAGUUACUGUUGAAGAAUCAUCAUUAUUAAAUAUACCAAAAAAAUCAGCAAGAGUAAAAAGACUUAUUGAUAAAAAAGACAGUAAUAAAUUAGCUGAAAUAUUAUUAAAUUAUUCAUUUAGUGUAUUAUAUUUAAAUACAAAUGAUCUUGAAGAAAAUGGAGCUGAAUAUCAGGGUGUUGUUUAUGCUUAUCCAAAAAAAAAUAAUAAACCACAUUCAUUAUUAUGUACAUCAAGAGGUGCAUUUAUAACACUUAAUCAUCUUUCACCUGAUACAUUUGGCUCAACUCCAUCAAGUACAACAAUAAAAUAUAAUAAUGAAAUAAUUAAUAUAUUUUAUUUAUCAGCUAAUAAUGAUAAUAAAGAAUUAUUAUUAAUAUCAAUACCAGAUAAAUAUUAUAGUCUUGAUGAAUCAACAAAAUUAAUUAAUAAUAUUAUACGUUAUUUAAAUUAUAUUUAUAAAAAUAUAAAUUUAGCAUUUGCAGAAAUUAAUCAUGAUUAUUUAAAUCAUUUUUUUACAUUGCUAUUUUCAUGUAUUAUUAAUAUUACAAUUGAUAAUGAUGAUGAUCCAACAAUUAAAAAAAAUAUAUUUGAAUUUGAAAGUAUUAUUGAAGCUGCACAUUUUAUUAAUUUACCAAAAGAUGCUAAAAUACAAAUUGAUGCUGCAUUAAAUGAAAUGGAAGCUAUGGAUUAUCGUGAUUGGAAUGAAGAUCCAAUGGAUUGUCAACGUCUUUAUACUAUUCUUGGUAGUUGUAUUUAUCAUAAAAGUUAUUUAUUAUCAAGUCAUUUACCUUGUGAUGAUUUACUUGAUAUAAAUUCAUUUUUACGUCUCAAUGGACUUUUAAAUCUUGUUGAAAAUGAAUCAAUUAAAUCAAUGGUUAUAUGGAGAAAAAUUUAUCCAACAUUAAUAAAUAAAUUAACAGCUGAUAAUAAAAUACUAACAUCAAAUGGUAAAUAUUUUAUAUUAAUUGUUGGUUUUGAUAAUGAUUUAUUAGCAGUAUUAGUUGAGUCUGGUGGAUGUACAACAUUACCAGAUGACAAUGAAGGACCAGAUGUUUUUUAUGUUGAAGAAGCACAAGAAACAUUAAAACAUAUACAAAAAAUUGGUAUAUCAAAUCUUGCUGAUAAAUGGAUAUCAUCAAAUACACGUCCUGAAACAAUUGAUGUUAAUGAUAAAAAUUCUACAAGUAUUAAAUCAACAAUAACAGAUAAUUUACUUGGUUUUAUAAAAUCAAAUGAUAAUAAUCAAACAACAACAGUUAAAAUUAAUAAUUCAACACCAAAAGUACCAGAGGUAACAUCAAUAUUAAAAAAAAAAAGUCCAGAACAAAGUCCAAUAAUGUCGGGAUCAUCAAUUUAUUCAUUACAAACAUCAGAAGAUUCAAUAAGUCAAGGUACAAGUGCUGUUAGUGAAAUAAGUGAUGAUACUAUUGGUCCGAUACUUGGUAGACGAGCAACAAGAGAAAUGUAUCAAACAUCAUCUAAAAAUUCUGAUGACAGUGAUGAUGAUGAUGAUGGUGGUGAUGAUACAUCAGACGUUGAUAAUUACAGAAAUGAUAGUCAAACUUGUACAUUAAAUUUAUCAGAUAUACGUGAAAAUCUUUUAAAUCAAGCUGAAUAUAUUGCACCAAUAAAAUUAACAGCUGGAUUAAAAAAUUCAUUAUUUCAUUUUGUUCAUCUUGAUUCACUUGAAGGCUUGCUAUUAUCAUCAAGAAUUAUUAAUAAUUCAAAUAAAAAUUCUGAUAUUAUAGCAAUUUUUAAUAAAACAGCUCAUUGUAUUCAUAAAUUAUUUAAUAAUUCAGUGAGAUUUAAAAAUAUGAUUAAUACUGAAGUUGAUAAAACAUUGAUUAACAAAAAUCUUGUUGCAAUUAAAGAACAUGGAAUAUUAUUUGAACUUGGUGAUUUAACAUUUUGGGUUGUUGGAAGAUUAUAUGCAGCUCCAAAUAUUACAGAAUUUUAUGUUUGUUAUCAAGAUACAACACCGCAAAAUCUUGUUGAAAUGGCAUUUAGAUUAAAUGAAAUUUCAAAUUAUUAA